UACCGUAUUUUUUGCUCCAUAAGACGCACCUGACCAGGAGAUGAUCAGAGACUGCGGACAUAGUACAGGAGAUGACCAGAGACUGCGGACAGAGACUGCGGACACAGUACAGGAGAUGACCAGAGACUGCGGACACAGUACAGGAGAUGACCAGAGACUGCGGACACAGUACAGGGGAUGACUAGAGACUGCGGACACAGUGCAGGGGAUGACCAGAGACUGCGGACACAGUACAGGGAUGACCAGAGACUGCGGACACAGUACAGGGAUGACCAGAGACUGCGG